AUGCUUUACGCCGUCUUUGCCGUUGCUGCCCUCUUCGCCCUGGGCUCGGCCUAUGAGAUCCCCCCAAACCUGAAGAGGAUCUAUGAUGCCCACAAGAACGGCAGCUGUUCCAAGCCGCUCUCGAGCCCCAUGUCCAGCGGCAUGGUAUACUGUGGUGACGUCCCCGGCGCCAUCUUCCUCAAGGGUCAGGAUUCAUAUGACAACUUGGACAUUGACUGCGACGGAGCGAACAACUACGCGGGCGACUGUGCCAACGACCCUACGGGUCAGUCACAGACGGCCUUCAAGGCCAACGUGUCGCAAUACGGCAUCUCGGAUCUGGAUGCCAAUAUCCAUUCUUAUGUAGUCCUUGGCAACGAGGGACCGCCGGCCUUUGACCCGCAAAGCCGGGGCAUUCAACCGCUCAGUGUCGUUGCUGUUGUGUGCGGUGAACAGCUGUUUUUCGGUGUCUGGGGCGACGUCAAUGGAGGAAACUUGACCGGCGAGACCUCGAUUGCCCUGGGGAAGCUCUGCUUCCCUGACGAAGGUCUCAAUGGCAACAAUGGCCAUGAUGCCCAGGACGUCUUGUACCUCGCAUUCCCCGGUGCCAAGGCCGUUCCGGGCAAGGACGAGGCGGACUGGCGGGCCAACAGCACCAUGGCAUUCAUGGAUAGUAUCAAGGAUUUGGGCAACAAGCUUGUCGCCCAGUUGCGGGCCAAGCCUGGGUGUGGUCAGAAAAAGAUGUGA